UCGACUUUCUUGCUGGCAGCGGGCAGCCGAUCGUCAACAUGGCGGCCCCCAGGAGCUGCGGUCUAUGGAGCUACUAUGGCCGUGGAUGGUCGCGGGCGAUGCGGGGCUGCCAGCUCCCUGGGCUUCCUAGCUCUUGGCCCGGGGGUCCAUUGGCUGCGCGGCUCUUGUCCCAAGAGAAGCCGGCAACGGAAACCCACUUCGGGUUUGAAACCGUAUCGGAGGAGGAGAAGCAGGGCAAAGUCUAUCAGGUGUUUGAAAGUGUGGCCAAGAAGUAUGAUUUGAUGAAUGAUGCAAUGUCUCUUGGUGUCCAUCGUGUUUGGAAGGAUUUGCUGCUCUGGAAGAUGAAUCCACUUCCUGGGACCCAGCUGCUUGAUGUUGCUGGAGGCACAGGUGACAUUGCAUUCCGGUUCCUUAAUUAUGUUCAGGCACAGCAUCAGAGAAAGCGGAAGAGGCAGUUAAAGGCUCAACAAAAUUUAUCCUGGGAAGAAAUUGCCAAAAAAUACCAGAACCAAGAGGAUUCCUUGGGCGGUUCCCAUGUCAUUGUCUGUGACAUUAACAAGGAGAUGCUAAAGGCGGGAAAGCAGAAAGCAUUUGCUCAAGGACACAAAGCUGGACUCACGUGGGUAUUGGGAGAUGCUGAAGAAUUGCCCUUUGAUGAUGACAAGUUUGAUAUUUACACUAUAGCCUUUGGAAUCCGGAAUGUCACACACAUUGAUCGGGCACUCCAGGAAGCCCAUCGGGUCCUGAAACCAGGAGGACGGUUUCUCUGCCUGGAGUUUAGCCAAGUGAACAAUCCCUUAAUAUCCAGGCUUUAUGAUUUAUAUAGCUUCCAGGUCAUUCCUGUCCUUGGAGAAGUCAUUGCAGGAGACUGGAAGUCCUAUCAAUACCUCGUAGAGAGUAUCCGAAGGUUCCCGUCUCAGGAAGAAUUCAAGGACAUGAUAGAAGAUGGAGGUUUCCACAAGGUGGCUUAUGAAAGUCUAACAUCAGGCAUUGUGGCCAUUCAUUCUGGCUUCAAACUUUAACUCCUUUCCUAUCCUGGAGCAUGAACUAGUUACAUCCUCUUAAAAGUCUGGAACUAAAAGAUAAUCUGGCAAAUGAGACAGCAGUAAAGCAUCUCCUCUUAAGGA